AUGUUUCACCAAGGCAGAAAAACGUUGAGCGAUCCACCUGAAGGUCUUGACCACCCGGUCGAUACAUUAAUGAAUGAUGAAUUCGGAGAAGAGUACAAGCAAGACCGAGGGGGCGGAGGCGGAGGCAAGGACGACCGUGACAAGGACGACAAAAGCGAGAACAAGGAGGUGAAGAAGCAUGAGGAUGACGACAACAACAGUGACGAUGAUCAGCUGCUGCUACCAGAAAGCCUGCCAACAAAUGGUCUGAAUAUCGGUGGUGGUGUCGACGUUGAGUGUCUAGUGCAGAUUCGAGAUGAGGCCGUCUAG